AUGGUUUUUAACUUAGAGGAUUUUUUAAAUGCACCAGAUGCGCGGUUACUUCAAACACUUAAGAAAGAUGAACUGUUUGAAUUUGUGUCAAAGUUUCACUUGAAUGUAAAGCGCAGUGCUCGGAAAAUAGAAAUCAAAAAUGUUGUGGUUCAGUAUUUAGUUCAGAGAGGUAUUUUAGAUGAUAGUGCAUUGUCAUUGGUUGAAGAUUUGAAAUCUAGUGAAAUUGAAAAGAGAAAUUUUGAAUAUGAAUUAGAAUUCAAGAAAUUAGAAAUUGAACAAGAGAGAGAAAGGCAGGCAUUUGAAAGAGAAAAGAGAGAAUAUGAAAAAGAGAAAAGUGCGCAAGAUCGAGAACACGAGUUACAAAUUAAGAAAUUAGAAUUUGAAACGCAGAAGUUGAAACAUGAGUUGGAAGCUGAAGCUAAGGCUAAAUCAAAAUCUGACUUUGAUGUGACAAAGAACAUAAGACUUGUCCCUAAGUUUCAAGAGAAAGAUGUUGACAAAUAUUUUAUUCAUUUUGAGAAAAUAGCAGAAAAUUUGAAAUGGCCAAAAGAAUUCUGGCCACUAUUGUUACAGAGUGCAUUUGUUGGGAAAGCGAGGGAAGUCUACAGUGCAUUGUCACUUCAACAAAGUACAGAUUAUGAUGUUAUUAAGAAAAAUGUCUUAAAAGCAUAUGAACUUGUACCAGAAGCCUACAGACAGAAAUUUAGAAAUUACAAGAAAUUCAAUGAACAGACUCAUGUUGAAUUUGCAAGAGAGAAACAGAAUAUGUUUGAGAGAUGGUGCACUUCUAAAAAUGUUGGAUCAAACUUUGAAAGGUUGAAACAGGUCAUUUUGAUUGAGGAAUUCAAAAAUUGUAUUCAUCCUGAAAUUAGAACAUAUUUAGAUGAACAGAAGGUUGAGACUCUUGAGCAAGCUGCGACUGCGGCUGAUGAUUAUGCACUAACACAUAAGGUAUCUUUUGUAAAACUCAGUACUAGUCAACAGAAGAUGACCAGCUAUGACAGUUCUCGAGGGGGACCAGACACUUCACAGGUAACUCAACCUAAGAUGGCGUACUCUGAGAUCAAAGGUAGGGACAAGAAUAACGAAACCUUAAAGCAGGUGCACAUUUGUAAUUAUUGCAAAAAGAAGGGUCACAUUAAGUCUGAAUGUUGGGCAUUACAGAGGAAAAAACCUGUAAGUAAUGAUAGUAAGCCAAGUCCCACUGCUCUUACAUCUGUCCAAGGUAAGGUUUCCUGUAGUCAGUUUGAGAACACUGCUGUUAAGUCUGUCAAGCCAGAGUCUGAUGUUCUUAGAGAGGAAUUUAAGCCUUUUGUAUUUCAUGGUUUAGUGUCGGUGGGUACCGACUCACACCCUAUAAGAAUUUUAAGGGAUACAGGUGCUUCUCAGUCUUUGUUACUAGAGGGCGUGUUGCCACUGUCUGAGAAGACACAUACUGGUUCUGAAGUGCUGAUUCAAGGUGUAGAAUUAGGACUUAUGAAAGUUCCUCUUCAUGUUAUAGACUUGAAGUCAGAUUUAGUCUCUGGGUCUGUGGUCGUAGGUGUUAGACCUACUUUACCUGUUAAGGGAGUUUCUCUUUUGUUAGGUAAUGAUUUAGCUGGGGGUAGGAUGGUACCUGACCCAAUAAUUUGUGAAAAGCCUAGUCUUAUAGGAGAGAUAGAGGAGGAGAAUAAAGAGUUAUUUCCUUCAUGUGCUAUUACAAGGGCUAUGGCUAAGAAACUAGGACAUGCUGAACAGACGGUAAGUCAGAAGUUAGAUACAGGGAAGGACUUGUCUAUAGAUCUUGAUGAGACAUUUUUGUCAGCUGUGUUAGAUUCAGAAAGUCACAUUUCCUCAGAGGAUCAGCAGUCUAAAGGUGAUGUAUUUGGUUUACAGGAAAUGUUAGACAACACACCUCUUACUAGAGAUAAAUUGAUAUCUGAACAAGAGUCAGAUGUUGAAUUACAAGGUCUCAUUGAACAGGCUUUGUCUCCAGAGGAGGCAGAGAAGGUCCCUGUUUGUUAUUAUAAGAAUCAGGGUGUACUCAUGAGAAAAUGGCGUCCCCCUGAUGCUUCAGUAGAGGAUGAGUGGCAAAUCCACCAUCAUAUUGUAGUACCUAGGGCAUAUCGGAGAACAGUUAUAGGUCUGGCCCAUGACACACCAAUGUCGGGUCAUUUGGGGGUCACAAAGACCUAUCAUAAAGCAUUGACUCACUUCUUCUGGCCUAAGAUGAGAAGGGAUAUAGUUGACUAUUGUAGGUCAUGUCAUGUCUGCCAAGUAGUGGGAAAACCUAAUCAAAAAAUCCCUCCUGCUGCUUUAAAGCCUAUCCCUGCUUUUGAUGAACCAUUUACCAAGGUCAUUAUAGACUGUGUGGGUCCCUUACCUAAAACCAAAGCUGGUAAUCAGUACUUGUUGACAAUAAUGUGUGCAUCGACACGCUUCCCUGAAGCAAUUCCCCUGCGAAACAUAAAGUCUAGAACCAUUGUCAAUGCUUUGAACAAGUUUUUCACCAAAUUUGGUUUGCCCCAGUCAGUACAGUCUGAUCAAGGUUCCAAUUUCACAUCCAAGGUCUUUAAACAGGUAAUGCAGGAGUUAGGGGUUAAGCACCAUACAUCCAGUGCAUACCAUCCGGAGUCCCAGGGGGCUCUUGAGAGGGAUGCAAAACAAGAAUCACUAGGUUUUAGUCCCUUUGAACUUGUAUAUGGUCACACUGUGAGAGGACCAUUGAAAUUGCUGAAAGAGAAAUGGUUGGUUGAAGAGAUUGAGACAAAUCUAUUAGAUUAUGUAGCAAAGUUCAAAGAGAGGCUCAGUCAGACUUGGACGCUAGCCAGAGAGAAUCUAAAGGUAAGUCAAGACAAAAUGAAAACCUGGUAUGACAAACGUACAAAAACUAGAACAUUUAAGUCAGGAGACAAAGUCCUUGUCUUGCUACCAAUUCCAGGUCAGCCUUUACGUGCUAAAUACUUUGGCCCAUUUGAAGUUGAACGCAAGGUCAAUGACUUGAAUUACAUUAUUAAGACACCAGGUCGACGCAAGAGCAAACAGCUCUGCCACAUCAACAUGAUCAAACAGUAUCAUGACCAAACUGACAUAGAUCACCCUAAGGUAGAAUCAGUUGCUGCUUCAAGCACUGAAGUUAAGUCUACCCAAGAACAAGACCAACUUGCACACGAGUAUGAUCAGUCUACUCCUAAGUUGAAAAACUCGGAUGUUUUGUCAGACUUAGAAUCUAAACUUAACCACUUGCAAGAGAAUGAGAAAGAAGAGCUUGUGUCUCUUAUACAAGAAUUUUCACAUUUAUUCCCGGAUGUUCCUAAAAAGACCAAUCUUGUAUAUCAUGAUAUAGAUGUUGGGGAUGCAUCUCCCAUUAAACAACAUCCUUACAGAAUGAACCCUGUAAAACAAGAAUACUGUCAUGCAGAACUGGCAUAUAUGUUGGAACAUGACAUCAUUGAGUACAGUAACAGCCCUUGGAGCUCCCCUUGUCUCCUUGUUCCCAAGCCAGAUGGGUCGUUCAGAUUCUGUACUGACUUCCGCAAGGUCAACACAAUUACCAAAACUGACUCUUACCCAAUUCCCAGAAUUGAAGACUGCAUCGAUAAAAUUGGUCAUGCCAAAUACGUAAGUAAAUUCGAUCUUUUGAAAGGGUAUUGGCAGGUCCCAUUGACCGAGAGAGCGAAAGAGAUUUCAGCCUUCGUUACCCCAAAAGGUUUCUACCAAUAUAAGGUGAUGCCUUUUGGGUUAAAAAAUGCCCCUGCAACCUUUCAAAGGAUGAUCAAUCAUUUACUUAGUGAUGUAGAUGCAAGUGAGGCAUACAUUGAUGAUGUGAUAGUGUAUAGUAACACUUUUCAGAAGCAUUUGUCACACAUCAGGGCAUUAUUUGUUAAACUUUCAGAGGCAAAUUUGACUGUAAGCCUAACAAAAACAGAAUUUUGCCAUGCUGUUGUUGAAUAUUUAGGCCAUAUUGUUGGUAACGGCCAUGUUAGACCAGUGUUUGCAAAGGUUGAGGCAAUUGUAAAUUUUCCAGCACCUCGGUGUAAGAAAGAACUGAUGAGAUUCUUGGGAAUGGCGGGGUACUAUCGAAAAUUUUGCCCUAACUUUUCGACCAUUGCUAACCCAUUGACCUGUCUCUUGAAAAAGAAUAGCAAAUUUAUUUGGGAUGAAUCAUGCCAACAGGCCUUCCAACAAAUCAAAACAAUUCUCAUGGUCUCUCCAGUUCUUUCAUCACCAGAUUUUCAUAAAGAAUUUUUGUUGCAAAUUGAUGCUAGUGAUGUGGGUUGUGGGGCAGUUUUGUUACAAGAAGAUGAAAA